AUGAACGUCGAGGAAGAGACCGAGCCUGAUGAUUCAGUUGAAUUUAAUACUGAAACGGAAAAAUAUGCAAAGGCAGUUUUGGAGGAAAUUCGCAAGCUCCCUGGUGGUCGUUUCUCCUCGUUCUUGGCAGAUAACAGCUUCCCCCGUCAGGUUUCCCACCAGGACGCUCUAAUCGGGGACCCCAUCCUACCCAAGCCACCCCUCAGGCUAAUUGCAGAUUCCAUCAUCUCAGGAAUUCAACUGAAAGAGACCCAGAAGAAGCGUUAUGGAGAUUUAAUUAGGUAUUCUGCACGGAUCGAGGAUGGUCUCUGUGAUCAGUUGACUCCGGCAGCGAGGGAGGUUUUCGAGAAAGGCUCUAUCACAUUGGAUGACUUGAUCGGAAUUGGGGGUAACCCUGACAGUGAUGAUCGCUCCGGAGUCUAUCUCCAUAUUCUGCGGAUUCCGAACAUGUUCUACCUGUAUGUUGGUCAAGCGGUUGUUCUUUCGGAGCGGAUUCAAUACCAACACAACGACCCCGAGAAACGACGCAAAUACCCCUCAUUGCAUUACAAGGUGUGGGAGGAACUUGAAGGACAGGACGACUUCGAGUCUAUUUUCGUGACACUUGGUACAGUGGGCCAUUAUCCGCGAGAUAGCUCUGAGCAGCUCUCCCUGAAUCUUCUCGAGAUGUUUGGGGCCUGUAUUCUACAGACCCUAAAGUCUUCGGACCUUGAGUUCUGGCUCCCUGAAGGUUUCCCAGUACGUUGGGCCGAUCGGGGCUUAAAUGUGGCUCUCCCUCUAUGGCAAGGAUAUAUUUCAAGGGGAUCUAGUCAGAUUCUCCAGGCUGAUAUGAAGAUGACGAAAGAGGAAUUUUCUGCAGCGCUUCAUGGUGCAAACGAAACUCGGCGCCAAUGGGCAAUUAAUGUCAAAAAUUCUUACCAGUCUCUUCGAGUCCAUCCCGACCCACAGAUGCAAGCAAUCUGGUGGAAAUAUUUCGAGAAAUGCUGCGCCGCUCGGGACCAGCUAUUUCUUGGUCGAACGAAAAGCUAUUACACGACCCAGAAUAACUCUCGAAAGAAUGCGCUCGACUUCCUCGCCAAUGGCAAACAAUGCAAAAUAGUGCAGAGUAAUUGGGGCAGCUAUUCAGCUUCGUAUGCUGAUUAUAGCUUCAACCUCGGCCUCAAAGCACAUUGUUUCAAUCAUCUUGUCAAGCAAAGCAGAUCUGGGAAGUUCGAUUAUUUCGUUGAUGGUAAAAUGGCCUUCCUCCGACCCAUCUUGGUCGACACACCAACCAACUUACGCUAUGCUCCCAACGCCCUACCAACAGAUCCUGCAAGCCGGCUCAUAAUUCUUGCAGAUACAGACAAGGGAGAUGGGACCGGGAAACUGCGGUAUCUCUUCACUAAAGGAACUAAGGUCGUUGAAAAGCUCAACCGGCUUGUGGAUCUUUUCGAGGGCAUAGAUUAUGAUACAUCUAUGAGCCUAGAGCGCCGGCAUUCAAGUGGCAUGAGGUCAAGAGAGACAGAAUGA